AUGCUCAAGCGACAAUACAUGGGCGGAGACGCGAAGUCGAAAAAGGUGAAGACAGCAAAUAGAGGAAAGUUUGUGUUCGAUUGGCGGAAAGAGGAAGACACGUCGAGAGAUUUGAAUCCACUGUACGAUCGGCCGCACGAAGUGGCGCCGAUGUUCGGUCGAGGGAUGAUCGGGGGCGUGGAUCGAAGGGAGCAGGCGCGCUCGAACGCCGAGCGCGAGCGCGAACUCAUCGUCAAGUCGAGGAAGGAUCUCGGAUCGAAGGACGCGGCGGGUGAUGUGCGAAAGAUGGAAGUUGAGCGCGAGCGUAAACGUAAGGAUGUCGAGGCGCGCGAGUUGAAACGAACUUUCAAGGAGCACUGGAGUGAUAAAAAGUUGGAAGACAUGACAGAGCGCGAUUGGCGCAUUUUUCGAGAAGACUUUAACAUUUCGUACAAAGGCGGCAAGUUACCGCUUCCCAUGCGCGCGUGGAAAGAGUGCACGAGCUUGCCACAAGAGAUAUUGCGCGCUAUCGCGCAGGUUGGGUACGAAAAGCCGUCGCCGAUUCAAAUGGCUAGCAUUCCGAUCGGUUUGCUGAAGAGAGACGUCAUCGGCAUCGCCGAGACGGGUUCGGGUAAGACGUGCGCGUUCGUCGUCCCCAUGCUCGCGCACAUCAUGCAGCUUCCGAAAAUGACGGACGAAAUUGCCGCGCACGGGCCGUACGCCCUGAUCAUGGCCCCUACGCGCGAGUUGGCGCAACAGAUUGAGGAAGAGACUCUCAAGUUUGCGCAGUAUUUGGACUAUCGCGUCGGCUUGGUCGUCGGCGGUCAAUCGAUCGAAGACCAAGGUUUUAAACUUCGCAAAGGGGUGGAGAUAUUAGUCGGUACGCCCGGUCGUAUCAUAGAUGUCAUUGAGCGCCGAUACACCGUGCUCAGUCAGUGCAACUACAUCGUGCUCGACGAAGCCGAUCGCAUGAUCGACAUGGGUUUCGAACCGCAAGUCGUGGCGGUGAUGGAGGCGAUGGGAUCGGGUAACUUGAAACCCGAGGACGAGGCGGAAGAGCUCGACGGCCAGGCGCUCGAGCAAGGUGGGCCGACGUCGUCAAACGUGGAGCGUCUGGCGAGAAGUUAUUUGCGCAAUCCCGCGGUGGUCACCAUCGGCAGCGCCGGGAAGACGUCCGAUUUGAUCAAGCAAGAGAUUAUUUGGGUGUCGAGAAACGAGCGCGACUCCAAAUUUGAGCUCGUGUUAUCGCGACAUCCCAACACGCAAGCCAUCGUGUUCGUGAACGCCAAACGCUCGGUGGACGCCGUGGCGAAUCUGUGCUACCGUCUCGGGUACUCGUGCGCGUCCAUACACGGCGGCAAAUCGCAAGACCAACGCGAGGAGUCUUUGCGCGGGUUCAAGGCUGGGGAUUACGACAUCUUGGUCGCCACCGAUGUCGCCGGUCGCGGGAUCGACGUCAAGGGCAUCGAUCUCGUCGUCAAUUACGAGUUGCCGCACACGAUUGAAAAUUACACCCAUCGCAUCGGGCGCACCGGUCGCGCCGGUCGCAAGGGCACCGCCGUGAGCUUCCUCACGAGCGACGAUCGCGACAUCAUGUACGAGCUCAAAGAACUUCUCAUCGAGAGCAAGAACCACGUCCCAGAUGCGCUGGCAAACCACGAAGCGGCGCGCGUAAAGCCUCAGCGCGACGACAGAGGCAGACGCAUGAACCGCGAAGACAUUCGAGGGCAAGAAGCCAUCAUCUACUGA